AUGGACGAAAUGAUGAGUGUGGACUCUGGUGUGGACGCCGUGAUGGAGUGUAUGAAGGCGGACGCACUGAAGCAGGACGAUGGGCGUGCGAGACGAUAUGUGUGUACGGUGAGGCCUACUCUGGCGAUGGCGCGGUUUGUGCGUGUUGCUGCUGAUGCAGUGUGCUCGGGUGGUGAUAAAGACAAAGGACAACGAGGGACCAGCAUGACGCACAAUGUCGACGUGACGAAGGACGAGUCGAGUGGCGAAGGCGACGGCAUCGCGCAGACGUUCACGACGAUCAACGAGGAACGACGAGCUGCGCGUCGACGAGAGCGAGAAGAGGCCAUGGAGCAGCUCGAAGUAGGACGAGUCGUGCGAAGUGACGAGGCGCGCGUACAGGUUGGCGGUGAGCCGGCACGGGUGAGCCUGGUGCAACACCGAGACGCGGAACGGAAGGGCGUGGACAACGUGGAGCCGAUGACGGACUCCCUACAGCUCUGA